CAUCUUCUGCAUCCGCACUUUUUCCCUCCCUCGUCAUCUUCACCGCGACUCGCAUUCCCUUUCCGCGGAGGCGAAAAACUGAUCGGAGCUUUUUGCGAGCGACGGCGGAGCGAAGCGGCAUCGAUUCGUUCCGUCUCGUCGUUCAUGCAAGCCGGUGAGCGGAGAGUCCACGGCGGAGUGACGGAGGAGCCAUCGCUUUCUUCAUCUUCUUUGUUUUCUUGUCGAUCCUCUACCGUCAAUCCGAUCCAAGUCGCCGUUCCGCCGAUCAUCGAUACGUCCGUCGGCUUUGGUUUGAUUCGUUUCCUGCGGCGGCGGCGUUGGCUUGGCUUCUCGGAGAAGUUGGCGGUCUUUUGAGAUUUCGGUUCGAGAGAGCGAGAGAGAGAGGAGAAUGGGGCUGACGUCGGGACUUUUCAUGGGGACCGUGGUCGGCAUCGCGCUGAUGUUCGGAUGGAGCUACAUGAUGCGGUAUCGCAGCGCCAAGCGCAUUGCCAAGGCUAUGGAUAUCAAACUACUGGGUUCUCUUGAUCGAAAUGACUUGAAGAAGAUUUGCAGUGAUAACUUUCCUGAAUGGAUAUCUUUUCCAGAAUUUGAGCAGGCUAAAUGGCUAAACAAGCAACUCAGCAAACUGUGGCCAUAUGUUGCAGAGGCUGCAACAGCAGUGAUUAAGGAAUCUGUUGAACCAUUAUUGGAAGACUACCGACCUCCAGGAAUAACUUCAUUGAAGUUCAGCAAGCUGUCUCUUGGAACCGUGGCACCAAAAAUAGAAGGUAUACGUGUUCAGAGUCUUAAAGAAGGUCAAAUUACUAUGGAUAUUGACUUUCGAUGGGGAGGAGAUCCCAGCAUUGUCUUAGCAGUACAAACUGCACUUGGAGCGUCAAUACCCAUUCAGUUAAAGGAUCUUCAAGUUUUCACUGUUGUUCGUGUUAUCUUCCAACUGGCUGAUGAGAUCCCGUGCAUUUCUGCUGUCGUUGCUGCCCUACUUUCUGAGCCAGAGCCAAGAAUUGACUAUACCCUGAAAGCCGUUGGUGGAAGCCUCACAGCCAUUCCCGGACUAUCAGACAUGAUCGAUGAUACCGUGAAUUCAAUUGUGACAGAUACACUUCAAUGGCCCCACAGGAUUGUUGUUCCGCUAGGUGGUAUACCUGUAGAUAUAAGUGAAUUAGAACUGAAGCCACAGGGCAAGCUUACAGUAACGGUAGUAAAAGCAAAUGAUUUGAAGAACAUGGAGAUGAUUGGAAAAUCUGACCCGUACACGGUUGUUUACAUCCGGCCUCUUUUCAAGGUUAAAACGAAGGUUAUUGAUGACAACCUGAAUCCAGUUUGGGAUCAAACUUUCAAUCUGAUUGUCGAAGACAAGGAGACGCAGUCACUAAUCUUAGAGGUUUUUGAUGAGGACAUUGGACAAGACAAACGGUUAGGAACUGCAAAAUUGCCCUUGAUUGAGUUGGAAGCCGAGACUAUGACUGAGGUCAAUGUGAGAUUGCUUCCAUCACUUGAUAUGUUGAAAAUAAAAGACAAGAAGGACAGAGGGACUGUUACCCUUAAGCUUUUCUAUCACAUAUUCAAUAAGGAGGAACAGUUAGCAGCUCUAGAAGAAGAGAAGCUGAUCAUGGAGGCGAGACGGAAGCUGAAAGAGGCUGGAGUCAUUGGAAGUGCAAUGGAUGCACUCGAUGGAGCAGCAUCCUUGGUUGGAUCCGGGGUGGGGAUGGUUGGUACCGGCAUUGGUGCUGGAGUUGGGCUCGUUGGCAGCGGCAUCGGUGCAGGAGUGGGGCUCGUUGGGAGCGGGCUAGGAGCUGUCGGAAGCGGCCUAAGCAAAGCAGGCAAGUUCAUGGGACGGAGCUUUACAGGACACUCGAGCUCGAGCAGGAGGAGCGGCAGCACAACCCCAGUGAAUAGUACUCCAGAAAAUGGCAGUUCUCGGCCCCUGCAGUAACCACACGCUGCUACUGGGGGAUGUGAUUUCGUGUGGAGGCUUUUGCAAAUUGAUGGUUGGUGAAUGGAUGGAGUAGGGGGCAGUCUUGGUUCUCACUUGGCAUAAGGGCUUGGUUAUACUGCACAUAAGUGAGUUUUAUCCAUGACUGGACGAUAUGCUGCUUCACUUUCUGCUGCAAUGUUUUCUCUGAUACCUUUGUUGUCGUGAAGCAUGUUCCGAGUCGGGGCGCUUGCUUGCUGAAUUUGUUGUUGUGAUGCGGGUGUGAUUUUGGAUGUGUUUGUUUUAUAGAAAAAAAAGAAUUCAUGAGAUGAUUUUUCGGA